GGCUCCCCGCGGCCCCGGAGGUUUCACUGCACAACAAGAUGGCGGCGGCGGCGGCGGCGAGCGGAGCUGGCGGGGCUGCCGGGGCCGGAGCGGGGGGACCCGGGCCGGCGGGCCGCCUGCUGCCUCCGCCGGCCCCGGGUCCCCCGGCCGCCCCCGCCGCUGUGCCCCCGGCGGCCGGCCCGCCGCGUCCCUCAGCCCCGGCCUCCCGCGGGCCGAUGCCCGCUCGCAUCGGCUACUACGAGAUCGACCGCACCAUCGGCAAGGGCAACUUCGCCGUGGUCAAGCGGGCCACGCACCUCGUCACCAAGGCCAAGGUCGCUAUCAAGAUCAUAGAUAAAACCCAACUGGAUGAAGAAAACUUGAAGAAGAUUUUUCGGGAAGUUCAAAUUAUGAAGAUGCUUUGCCACCCCCAUAUCAUCAGGCUAUACCAGGUUAUGGAGACAGAACGGAUGAUUUAUCUGGUGACAGAAUAUGCUAGUGGAGGGGAAAUAUUUGACCACCUGGUGGCCCAUGGCAGAAUGGCAGAAAAAGAGGCCCGGCGGAAGUUCAAGCAGAUCGUGACAGCUGUCUACUUUUGUCACUGUCGGAAUAUUGUUCAUCGUGAUUUAAAAGCUGAAAAUUUACUUCUGGAUGCUAAUCUAAAUAUCAAAAUAGCAGAUUUUGGCUUCAGUAAUCUCUUCACUCCUGGGCAGCUAUUGAAGACCUGGUGUGGCAGCCCCCCGUAUGCCGCACCUGAACUCUUUGAAGGAAAGGAAUAUGAUGGACCCAAAGUGGACAUCUGGAGCCUUGGAGUUGUCCUCUAUGUGCUGGUGUGUGGUGCCCUGCCGUUUGAUGGGAGCACAUUGCAGAACCUGCGGGCCCGGGUGCUGAGUGGGAAGUUCCGCAUCCCAUUUUUUAUGUCCACAGAAUGUGAACAUUUGAUCCGUCACAUGCUGGUGUUAGACCCAAAUAAGCGCCUCUCCAUGGAGCAGAUCUGCAAGCACAAGUGGAUGAAGCUAGGCGACGCUGAUCCCAACUUUGACAGGUUAAUAGCUGAAUGCCAACAACUAAAGGAAGAAAGACAGAUGGACCCCUUAAAUGAGGAUGUUCUCUUGGCUAUGGAAGACAUGGGACUCAACAAAGAGCGGACGCUGCAGUCAUUAAGAUCAGAUGCCUAUGAUCACUAUAGUGCCAUCUACAGCCUGCUGUGCGACCGACAUAAGAGACAUAAAACCCUGCGUCUCGGAUCCCUUCCUAGCAUGCCCCGGGCUAUGGCAUUUCAAACACCAGUCAAUAUCCAGACAGAGCAGUCAGGGACCACGAUGAACAUCAGCGUUCCCCAGGUGCAGCUGAUCAACCCAGAGAACCAGAUUGUGGAGCCCGAUGGGACAGUGAACUUGGACAGUGAUGAGGGUGAAGAACCAUCCCCUGAAGCACUGGUCCGCUAUUUAUCAAUGAGGAGGCACACAGUAGGUGUGGCUGACCCACGCACGGAAGUCAUGGAAGAUCUACAGAAGCUCCUACCAGGCUUCCCUGGCGUCAAUCCACAGACUCCAUUCCUGCAAGUGGCCCCUAACAUGAACUUCAUGCAUAAUCUGCUGCCUAUGCAGAAUUUGCAACCAACUGGGCAGCUUGAGUACAAGGAGCAGUCUCUAUUACAACCUCCAACCCUGCAGCUCCUGAAUGGAAUGGGACCCCUUGGCCGGAGGGCAUCAGAUGGAGGAGCCAACAUCCAGCUGCACGCCCAGCAGCUUCUGAAGCGCCCACGGGGACCUUCCCCACUUGUCACCAUGACACCAGCAGUCCCAGCAGUUACCCCUGUGGACGAGGAAAGCUCAGACGGGGAGCCAGAUCAAGAAGCUGUGCAGAGGUACUUGGCAAAUAGGUCCAAAAGACAUACACUGGCCAUGACCAACCCUACAGCUGAGAUCCCAGCGGACCUUCAACGACAGCUAGGACAGCAGCCUUUCCGGUCCCGGGUCUGGCCUCCUCACCUGGUACCUGAUCAGCAUCGCUCUCCCUACAAGGACUCCAACACCCUGCACCUCCCUACGGAGCGUUUCUCCCCCGUGCGCCGAUUCUCAGAUGGGGCUGCAAGCAUCCAGGCCUUCAAAGCUCACUUGGAAAAAAUGGGCAACAACAGCAGCAUCAAACAGUUGCAGCAGGAGUGUGAGCAGCUGCAGAAGAUGUACGGGGGGCAGAUUGAUGAAAGAACCCUGGAGAAGACCCAGCAGCAGCAUAUGUUAUACCAGCAGGAGCAGCACCACCAAAUUCUCCAGCAGCAAAUUCAAGACUCCAUCUGUCCUCCCCAGCCUUCUCCACCUCUUCAGGCUGCAUGUGAAAAUCAGCCUGCCCUCCUCACCCACCAGCUGCAGAGGUUAAGGAUUCAGCCUUCAAGCCCUCCCCCCAACCACCCCAACAACCAUCUCUUCAGGCCUCCUAGUAAUAGUCCUCCCCCAAUGAACAGUGCCAUGAUCCAGCCUCACGGUGCUGCAUCUCCCUCCCAGUUUCAAGGCUUACCCUCCCGCAGCACAAUCUUCCAGCAGCAGGCUGAAAGCUGCUCCCCUCCUCCUAACAUGGCACUCACCUGCUUGGGCAUGCAGCAGCCUAGCCAGUCACAGCAGGUGACCAUCCAAGUACAAGAGCCUGUUGACAUGCUCAGCAACAUGCCUGGAACAGCUGCAGGCCCUGCUGGGCGAGGCAUCUCCCUUAGCCCCAGUGCCAGUCAGAUUCAGAUGCAGCACCGCACCAACCUGAUGGCCACCCUUAGCUAUGGGCACCGACCCUUGUCCAAGCAGCUGAGUGCCGACAGUGCGGAGGCCCACAGCUUGAACGUGAAUCGGUUCUCCCCUGCUAACUACGACCAAGCGCAUUUACACCCCCAUCUGUUUUCGGACCAGUCCCGGGGUUCCCCCAGCAGCUACAGCCCUACAACAGGAGCAGGGUUCCCUCCAACCCCAGCCCUGAAAGUCCCUCCACUUGACCAAUUCCCCACCUUCCCUCCCAGUGCACACCAGCAGCCGCCACACUAUACCACAUCGGCACUGCAGCAGGCCCUGCUGUCCCCCACGCCGCCAGACUAUCCAAGACACCAGCAGGUACCCCACAUCCUUCAGGGACUGCUCUCUCCCCGGCAUUCACUCACCGGCCACUCGGACAUCCGGCUGCCCCCAGCAGAGUUUGCACAGCUCAUUAAAAGGCAGCAGCAACGACAGCAGCAGCAGCAGCAGCAACAACAACAGCAGCAGCAGCAAGAGUACCAAGAAUUGUUCAGGGCCAUGAACCAAGGGGAUGCUGGGAGUCUGGCUCCCAGUCUUGGGGGACAGUGUAUGACAGAGCACCAGGCUUUAUCUUACCAACAUACUGACUCGUAUCCCCACCACCACCACACCAGCCCCCAGCAUCUUCUACAAAUCAGGGCACCAGAAUGUAUCUCACAGGUUUCCUCCCCGACCCCAACCCACGGCUAUGCUCAUCAGCCAGCACUAAUGCAUUCAGAGAGCAUGGAAGAAGACUGCUCGUGUGAAGGGGCCAAGGACGGCUUUGCAGAGAGUAAGAGUUCCCGUCCGUUGACCAAAGGUUGCCAUGACAGCCCCCUGCUCUUGAGUACCGGUGGACCUGGAGACCCUGAAUCUUUGUUAGGAACUGUGAGUCACGCCCAGGAGUUGGGGAUGCAUCCCUACAGACAUCAGCCAACUGCUGCAUUCAGUAGAAAUAAGGUGCCCAGCCGAGAGUCUGUCCUAGGGAACUGCAUGGAUAGAAGUUCUCCAGGACAAGCCAUGGAGCUGCCAGACCACAACGGACUUGGAUACCCAACACGGCCCUCAGUCAGCGAGCACCACCGGCCCCGGACCCUCCAGAGACACCACACAAUCCAGAACAGCGACGACGCUUAUGUGCAGCUGGAUAACCUGCCAGGAAUGAGUCUCGUGGCUGGAAAAGCCCUUAGUUCUGCCCGGAUGUCAGAUGCUGUUCUCAGUCAGUCCUCACUCAUGGGCAGCCAGCAGCUUCCAGAAGGGGAGAGUGAGGAAUGUGCAGUGAGUCUGGGGGCUCACGAACAGAGUGACGGCAGCCAGCACGUAAACUCCUCUUGUUACCCAUCCACGUGCAUGACAGACAUUCUGCUCAGCUACAAGCACCCCGAGCUCUCCUUCAGCAUGGAGCAGGCAGGCGUGUAGCAAGGAACAGAGUGAGUUUUGUGUACAGCUCGGGAAUGAAAAGGUUGAUUUUUAAACCAACAGUAUCUAGCAGCGUUGCGCCAAAUUGCCCUUGUGUUUCUCUUCACCCAGAAUAUCAUGGUUCAUUUCCUCACAUUUGGUUCACAGUGUGCUCUUUGUUCUUUUGGGUUCUGAGGCGGUAUUGCCAUAUUUGCUUGUAUGACCAAGACACGAAGGAAAUAAACAGGAAAUCCAUGUUCUCCAUCUUUUGUGAAAGUGUAUUUAGUGUAUUUGAGUUGAUGUUGAUGGGUUUUUUUUGUUGUCGUUGUUUAAUUUUUGGAUUUGUUUGUACUUUUUGGGGGGGCAUGUUUUGCUUUGGAAGUGUUUUUCUUUCUUUGUCUUUCCCCCCACUCUUUCCACCUCCUUCCCUUUUCUUGGACAGGAUAACUGAGCAGUUAGGAGUUUAGAGGCCAGGGGAUCAGCUCCAACCCCCUUCCCAGCCUGUAUCCACAGAGUAGCUUGCGUGUCCGUGGCUCAUCUCCUGCAGAGGAAGAUAGUAAAGGAAAACAGCCUGUUGGAUCUCAGUGGCUGGGGAGCGGAGAGAGGUGGUGGUCAUGGCCUCUGGCAUUGGCAGAGAAAGAGAAACCCUAGGCCUCGAACCCAGGCAGGUGUGGAAUGCAGAAAUCCAUGGGGGAAAUGUGUGGCUCAGCCCCGAUGAUCUCAGUCCCUUAGCACAGAGGCUGAGAAUGAUCUGGAGCCGUUGGGUCUCCAGACAGAAUGGCUCAGUUUGAGCGUCUCAUUGGUGUCUAGCACAGCUUCCCCCUUGUGGCCUGGGAAACCCAUUGCCUUUCCCGUCCUGGUUCUACAUGCGGACUGAAGACCCACAUGUGGCGCACUGUGCUCUCUGUCACCUUGCAUUCUCAUUUUUAUAUUGUGCUAUAAAGAGGAUUGCUUUCUCUGUGUGUGUGCGUGUGCACAGACACACAGACACUCUUGCUGUCCCCUUCUGGUCUCUUUGUUACGGGCAAAAAUAGAUUGUCUUGGGUCCUGCCUCUCUCCUAAACUGCUCCCCCUCUGCGCAUCUUCAGCCCCUACAUUUUAAUUCUUGAUCAUGUAGGAAUUUUUUUUAAUAAAUGCGGAUAUUAUUGUUAUUAUUAGUAAUAAAGACAAAAGGAGUUUUUAUUUCCAAGAGAACUGUUGAAGCAGAUUCUGUUGUGUUUGCAUUGUGACUUGCACCUUUUGUUCAGAAUGUUUUCUUUAGGCAUCGUAGUUGCGCUCCUCCCCUCGCCAGCGGCCGACGCGGCCGUCCCCUCGCCCCGGCUGAAGCGGCGCCUCUGCACUAGUUCUCGCUUUUGUCAUGAUCUUGAUUUCACUGUUAGAAACCAAAGUCUUCUCUGCUGGCUGGGGGCUGAGAGAGGAUCUGGCUCAUCCCUUUCUCAUUUUCAGAAACAAAAGAGAGACGUUACACAUUGUGACUCUCGACUUUCCUUUCUGGGAACGGAGAGUGAAAGGCCCCUCAUCCUUCCUCGUCUCUCGUCCUGAAUUUGCACAGAAGAAAGCGGGUGUCCGGCAUGGCCAUCCUGAGGUUGCUGGCAGGAUCCCCAUGCGCCUUGUCCUUGCUUCCCUGACCAUGGCAGCUUGGUUUUUGGACCCCGUAGCCCUCAGGUGGGCUUGUGCAGUGCAGGGGCCUGUCAGCAGGGCCCUCAUCCCCUCCACUGGUGUGGGGAGGGAGGCCACCAGCUACUCACCGGAAGGGGGCAUACCAAGAAAACCCUAAAA